UGGGUCUUGAUCCUGAGGAGGUCUGGGUGCUUCCGAAUGGAAGUCUCGUUAUAUUUCCGGGAAUAUCGGGAUGUUAUCCAUUCCAAGACUUGACGCUGGACGAGACAGAAGAUAGCUUUACACGUAACACUUGAUAUUGCCAACAUGAAUGUCAUUCAAGAUGUUGCAACUUUGUAUUCCGCUCUACAAAAUGUCACUGGUGCAUCUGGGCAGCUGAAUUUCAAGGGCCGUGUUAUUAACUACAAAGCAGAAGGUCGCAUUGACAAACUUCAGUGGGAGUACGAGGGAACAGCCUGGGAUAUAGAGAGUGGAACCAGUGUUAAAGCAAGACAUUAUAAAAGUACACAAGGUGCCAUUGAACACGCUGUUAAGGAGCUGAUCGAUAAACUUAAGGCUCAAGGAAUAUUGAGUUAAAGACACUGAAAUAGAAAGCAAAAAUUACCAAAAUUUUAAAAGGUCGUUGUGGUAUUUUGUUAAAAAUUAAAUAGUCUUUAAGUUAAAAGAAAUGUGAUAGAAAAUAAUGUAAUUUUUUCAGAAAAAACUUUCGAAACUGGUUACGUUGUUACAAGUAUUUCGGAAAGUACACCGAAAGUACGCCGUGUGGAUGCAAUCGAAAUAAGUUAGUUUUCACUCAACACUGAGUUUUUUCAUUUUUAUUAAACUGGGACACCUUUUUCGUA